AACUGUGGAACCACUGGAGUAUUACAGGAGGUUUCUGAAAGAAAACUGCCGACCUGAUGGAAGAGAACUUGGUGAAUUCAGAACCACAACUGUUAACAUAGGUUCAAUCAGUACAGCUGACGGUUCUGCUCUAGUGAAGCUGGGGAACACCACAGUCAUUUGUGGAAUUAAAGCAGAAUUUGCAGCACCACCACUAGAUGCCCCUGAUAGAGGAUAUGUUGUGUUUCUUUCAGUCCCUAAUGUGGAUCUACCACCGCUGUGUUCAUCGAGGUUUCGGACUGGACCUCCUGGAGAAGAGGCCCAAGUAACCAGCCAGUUCAUUGCAGAUGUCCUUGAAAACUCACAGAUAAUUAAGAAAGAGGACUUAUGCAUUUCUCCAGGCAAGCUUGCUUGGGUUCUGUACUGUGACCUUAUUUGCCUAGACUACGAUGGAAAUAUUUUGGAUGCCUGCACAUUUGCUCUGUUAGCAGCUUUAAAGAAUGUGCAGUUGCCUGAAGUUACUAUAAAUGAAGAAACUGCUUUAGCAGAAGUUAAUUUAAAGAAGAAAAGUUAUUUGAAUGUUAGAACAAACCCAGUUGCAACUUCCUUUGCUGUGUUUGAUGAUACUUUGCUGAUCGUUGAUCCUACUGGAGAGGAGGAACACUUGUCAACAGGAACCUUAACGAUAGUAAUGGAUGAGGAAGGCAAGCUGUGUUCUCUUCACAAACCAGGUGGGAGUGGACUUACUGGAGCUAAACUUCAGGACUGCAUGAGUCGUGCAGUUUCGAGACACAAAGAAGUGAACAAGCUGCUAGAUGAAGUCAUUCAGAGUAUGAAACACAAAUGAAUAGCCACCACCAUUGCAAAACAGCUGUAAAAAUUGUAUUUGUUACACUGUGCACAGGCUUUUUAUACUAAAUAAAUACCAAACUAUGUUCUUUUUGAAGA